AUGAGAAGGAACUUUCAAGAUCUCAUAAAAAAUCCUCCUGCAAAUGCAUAGAGAGAGCAGAAACCUAAAUAGCCUGCAGUGGUAUAGGUGGCUGAAUGGAAUAAGGCAUUGGAAUAUUUGGAUGCAGGGGACAUCAAUAAGGCAUAUGAAGAAAUAUUGAUAUCAGAGGACGAUUUGUAUUUGUUGAGGUUGAUGACAAUCACGGGGCCUUGUGUCAAUAAAUUGAAUCAGAAGGUUGCCUUCCAAUUGCACCAGAAGAUUAAGUUAUUGAUGAAGUCAGAAUUUUGGAAGGUGCUUGCAUUGCAAAUGUUGGGCAAUCUCUCAUCUAAAUAGGAAUGUUUGAGGAUAGAAUAAAAGCAAAAGUUACAGCAAUUGCUCUAUUAAUGGAGUAAGUCAUGGUAACCUCAGAUUAGUAAGGAAACUGUGUUAUUGUACAAUUCAGGAGUGUUUAAACCUGAUCAUAUUAUUUGA